AAGUGUAUGGUAACCGUUUCGUUAAAACAGCAUGGAGCUAAACAUUCACGAUACAUUAGAAAAAUUUAAAGGAUCUGUAGAGGAAGAAAAACUAAAGUUGGCUAUAAAGCAGCUACAACCCAAUGCUUUUUGUAACUUCGUCAUUGAGUCUUGCAAUGGAUUGAAGCCAGUUUCAUUUACAAAGGCAGAUGUUGUUAUUCGGGCAGUGUACGAGGAGAGUUAUAACAGGGAAGCUUGGGACACGGGAGAUGUGGGCGAGGUUGAACAGACCCGGUAUACCGUUGUGACAUUUGAUCAGCUCUUUAACACGAACCUGAUAGAGAGACUAGGCGAGUCUGGAAUUAGGGACCUUAAAGACGAGCAGAAGCCUGCGGUUUUGGCCAUUUUAACGUAUUUGCGCAGUGUCGAGUUUCAUGCUAAGGCCCUGUCAUCUGUGAGAGGAACGGGAACAGAUGAGGCGAGACGGACGGCGAUACUGACGGAACAUCUGUUCUCACAGUUGUCUGCGGACAGAGAGUAUGUGGUGGACAAUAGAUGGACGGGUCAGUCCUGGCAUCAGAGAUGUCCGUGUGAAUUAAAGGACUGUACGGCAAUCGUAAAACACGGAUGUACAGCACUGGGUUCUCCCGGGAUUUGGCAUGGAUAUGUGGAUGUUAUUCUGAAUGACAAUAUAGCAAUAUCUGUUCUUCCAAGCCCACACACGUCUGCAGGAGAAGAAACACAAAACUUGGAAUCUGAUGAAGAUUUACACAGCGAGGAGGGUCCUCCAGCUUCCAAACGCGCGUGUAACCGUGAUCAGGCCGCAGAAAACGACGCAAUGGAUACAAAUAUUCCUGACCGAUUGAUAGCAGAGACAAUAACCAAUGCUUUUGUAUGUACGAAUUCUAACAGUGAAUUAUCGGGAUGGUUGAUUCCUACGUUUGCGUGUACAGGAGAAGAUGUUAGUGUAUAUCUCUACGAUCCUAAACACGACGUGUUGCUGCAGUGCGACUCCGAACUUCCUCUGUGGGAUACGGGAUACUUCUGUAUCGAUUCAAUCAUCAAAAUCUGGAUGUUUUUAAAUUUCACAAUUUUCACAUUUAAAAAUCUUGGAGAUUAUUUUGAGGUGGAGAAGUCAAACUUUCAUUGUCAUGUGAAGAGAAAGUUGAGGAGUUACAGGAGCCUUCAGUCUAGUCAUAUUUCUAAUGUCAGUUUUAUAUCCGGUGAAGCGUUUCAUAAAAGUAUGUUGUGCAAAUAUCGACGAUUUGGGAAAAAAGCAGUGAAAAAGGAAAAUUAGAAUUUGGAAUUUGAUUAGUGCUGGCCACCCUUACCUUCUCCAAUGUAAAAAUUCAUCAAAAGUUAGAAGAAUGAUGACUUGAAUUUUGUUAUUUCUAACUUCAAAACUGUGAAAUGUUUGCCAUCCCUUAAAAUCAUUUCUAGUAAUUCUAUGUGGAAGACUUGGUAGUGAUGCAUUUUAUCCUCGGUAGAUCUUGUUCACUUAAGUCUGUUGUUAAAGAAUUAAAAGCCUGUCACUGAC